AUGACAUCUCAGCCCUCUCCUCGAUCACUUACGGAAGAGAGCGGCUUGGACUGGCACUAUGAAUCAAGCGCCACGAAGCGACGGCGGCGAACGUCUCCAGCGGAGGAAUCACGACCCUCUCCUCGUGAAGUUGGUGUUAUGAGAGAAUCGAAGAAAACUGGCACCGCGACUUUCUUAGGUAGCUCCAGCGGGAUUCAUUUCAUCCGCCAUGUCUACAGUGCCUUUGCUCGACGAUCGACAAAUGUGCAGCAGAGUCAACAGCGUGGAAAAAGCUCUGUGCCUGGUGAAGACGAUCAGUUACAAGGUGAAGGCCUCACUUUGACUGGAGAGCGUGGUUUUUGGAGUUCUCGCGAAGUGAAUCCGGACCCCACUGUGAAAUUCAGUUUUGAUGAUUUGGUAGCAUGGACUCGCGACUUUUUUGAAAUUUGGCAUCCGUGUUUUCCUUGUCUCCACGGACCAACUGUUUUGAAAACUAUGGAGCAGCUGGCUUUUCACAGUUCAGCGUCUAUCAAUCGCCUUGACAUGGUUGUGAUCCGCUCGAUUCUCUCAAUAUCCCUCGCAGAUAACCGACAACGUCGAUUAGAAUCUCCUCGAAGAGGGCCAGUUCCCUCAGAUCUUGUUUUCAAAGACGUGACUCAUGUGAUGACGGAAAGUCAUAGUCUCUUGUCAGAGCAUACAACACUUCAAACUCUGCAGGCUGCAUUCGCAGCUCAGCUAGUGCUUGUCUCAUCCUUGCGCUUGAACGCAGCCUCUCGGCUCGGUGGUGUUAUUAUCCGCACGGCGUUCCACUUGGGUCUACAUCGCUGUCCAAGCCGGUUCACUUGUUUUACUGUUGACGAGAUCAACCUUCGAAGCCGUCUGUUCUGGUCCAUCUAUACACUAGACCGAUAUUUAUCUCAGGCCCUCGGUAUCCCUUUGGGAAUUCGAGACGAUGAUAUUGAUGUGUGCUUUCCAAACGCCGAGAGACACGACAAUCCUGACAUGAACGUUGUUCGCGAGCCACGCUUGGUUCUGUUUUCUCAUCUUGCCCGAUUUGCCCAAGUGCGUGGGCUGAUACUGGAGCUCCGAAACAAGUCGAUAUACCAUAGCAAUGCCACUCCAGCAGAAGUCUCCCGUGUGAACGGAGAGAUUGCUAAAUGGUGGAACCAGGCCUAUGACGACGUGUAUUCAGCGGAAGAUGGCGCAGAUACGCAAGUCAGCACGCCUUCAACCUUGAGACGAUGUCACCAGUUGCUAUUAGAGGUUUUGAGGCACGAGGCAAUCAUAUCGAUGAAUCGCCCCGUGCUUGCUGUAGAGAGACCGAAUCCGGAAUACAAACUUGCUCUUCAGGUAUGUAUUGCAUCCUCCCGUUCUCUGCUUUUGGCAUUGAAGAAUCACCUCUCUUCUGCUUUCGAUGCUCCACUCGCUUGGCCAUCUUAUACCUGGAUCACAUGGAUUGCUUGUCUCAUUCUGAUGUACGCCUCGUGGGAGGGUGAGAUCUCUGUCACGAUUGCUUCAAAGUAUGCCAGGACCGCAAUUCAGAUCCUCGAGCAUCUCUCGCUGCGCGGGAGUAGCUGGCCAGAAACCUGCAUUGAUGCCAUCAAGAGCAUGCAAUCUAACUUGUCCGCAAACUCUGAGGCUGCUAGUUGCCGAAGUUCCAAAGAAUCUGAGGGUCUGGAAUUCCGAAGUGAUAUGAGUCGGGUCAAUCAGGGCUUAUCGACACGAGACUUCUCUCCCCGGAGCGAGGAAAGAACCCCCCAUACUUUCGCUAAGAAGGCAGACCAAGCGCCAGAGUCUCGCGAUUGUCGUGGCCAUCAGACAGAGACCGUCUCCCGUCCUGGAAGAUAUCGUUCUGUUCCUGCAUAUUCCAGUUUCUCCGCACAGAGAUCACUCCAGGAUUUGGGCAAUCUGUCAGCGCCUCAAAAUCGUGAUUUGCAUGAAUCUAGAAUCUUCGCCAGUGAAGACCAGACGGUGGAUUCGGCCCACGGUGCAGGACAGCUUGUUGGUGAUCCGAUCGAUAACAGCGAAUUGUUCGCCACGGGGGACUUUGGGUCUUCAGCAUUUGCAUUUUCGGAUCCUUUCUCAUUCACAAUGACGGAUGCUUGGAGCGUAGCUGAUCGGCCAUGGAUGGUCCACGAGAAUCUGUGGUAA